AUGAAAGCGUAAAGUUGACGGUAACGUCUCGUACUGUCUUCCUCGUCUCCCGUUACUCGCGCGUGGAGUCUCCGAACUUCUCAUUCGGCGGCGAGGAAACCAAGGUCGGGGAACUUCUGAUCCGGUGUUAGGGUACAGUGGUUUGGCGCCAAGCCAUGGAGGGAUCCCUGGAGGCGCGGCCCGGUGUCCUCCUCGUCGGCGCCCCGGGUGUCGGCAAGCGAACCAUCCUCUCCCGGUUGCUUGCAGCAGAAAUACCUGACGUACAUGACUUAUCCUCCGGUGUGCUGUGUCAGGGGUGGACAAUUCAAACAAAGUAUUAUUCAGCUGAUCUUUCCAUCUGGACAGCGAAUCUUGGUGAAGAAUUUUCUCUUGGUUCCCUACCUCAUCUAGACCGGCUGGCUGCCCUCGUUAUGGUCUUUGAUAUGAAUGAUGAAUCCACCUUGCUUACUCUGCAAAGCUGGGCUGCCAAUGUUGAUAUCCAGAGGUUUGAGGUCUUGUUAUGCAUUGGAAAUAAAGCAGAUCUUGUACCUGGUCAUAGUGCACAUAUAGAAUAUAGGAGGUGUAUGCAAAAGCUUGGGGAGUCUAGUUCUGAUCUACACCCUGAUUAUUUCGAUUUUGGGAUAAAUGAAAGUGAGGGUUGUAGCUUGUUAUCUGAGGAAGAGCCAUGCAUAGAGAUCAGAAACUCUACUGCACAAUGGUGCAUUGAGCAGAACAUAGAAUAUAUUGAGGCCUGUGCUUCCAAUGCCGACUUUGAUAAGUGUCUAUCAGUGGAUGGUGAUAGCCAAGGCUUAGAGCGACUUCUUGGAGCUCUUUCUGCACAUAUGUGGCCUGGAAUGAUUCUGAAAUCUGGAAACAGAAUAACUGCCCCAUCCUUGGUUGAAAAAGAAGAAUCUACGGAUGAUGAAUCCAACUAUGAUUUUGAGUAUGAGGUCCUGUCUCAUGGAUCUGAUGACCAGUGGGAAUUUGUUGGCGAGACAAGUACAUCCAGAAGCUUUGAGAGAUCAAGUGAGGUUGAUGGUACGCAGGAUCACACACAUCAAGUUGUGAAGGCCGGUACUGACUCUUCAGCAUCCAACUCUCUCCCGAGUAACAUGCCUACAGAAACUGCUGAAGAGAAUACUGUAACUCGGAGCAACAAAACUGACAAUAGCGAUCAUGUGGACACGACCACAGCAUAUAGUACUGAGGAUAAUCAAAGUGAUCUUCCAGAGGCUAACCAUCUUUUUGAGGAUGAGCAUUAUGGUCUGGAUGACCUGGAGAAAAUCAUGUCGGAAAUUGGUAAUGUGCGAUCCAACCUAAGGCUCAUGCCUGACUUCCAAAGGAGGGAGAUGGCUGCAAAGCUAGCCAUGAAAAUGGCAGCCAUGUUUGGCGGUGAUGAAGAAGAGGCAUUUGAGGAUAUCUAAAGCGAUUCAUGUAAUUCCAUUGAUUCCCAGACAGGUUUGCUUGCUGGAAAGAUGGGGCACCUAGGGCCUUUCUCAUGAUAAUGUCUUUUUCUUUAGCGAAAAUUUUGUGCCUAUUAGGCGUUCUAAGCCAUAUAGGAUGUAUUAUUAUGAACUUUAACUCCCUUGAAUCCUCCAGUGGAAAACUUUCUGAACUAUGUUAUGGUGCGAUAGGAAAAUGAUGGUAUUGUAGAACCACAGACAAAAGAGAUAGCUUUACAAGCUAUUGUAUUUCCAACUUCAGCGGAUGAAAAACAGAGUGCAUAGUUUGCAUCUUAAAUACCUCUAUAGAGGAAAUACUUCA